UGUGAUGGGAGGCCGCAGCCAUCUUGGAUCAGCGCCGCUCCACACCGAGCAGCAGGAGAGGACGGACGUUAACGGUAGAGCCAGUUAGCUAACGUUAGCAGCUCGGCCAGAUUAACCACAAUCUGUGUCGCUGUGCGGUGCGAAUAUGCUUUAUACACGCUGUUUUUCUUCGUUAGCUGCCGCUUUGAGCGCAUAAAAAUGAGUAUAAAGUGUGUUAAACGUUUAACGUUGUAACUCCGGAGAGGGCGGCGGCGGUGCAGAUCCUCGGUCUAUUUUUUACAUUUCUGGAUAGAGGAGUUACUAUGAAUGGAGGAUAAAUGUUGCCAAAGGCUGACAGCAGCAGUUUCGUCCUCUUCUCUCUUCUCUUCGUCCUCACAUUAACGGACCCACCACGGACAGGUCCGCGGCUAACUCUGGCAAGAUUAUUGUCAGAGCAGCGCUGCAGCCCUGGGCAGUUUGCCUGCCGCAGUGGGAAGAUGCAAUGUAUCCCAAUGUCCUGGCAGUGUGACGGCUGGACAGCAUGUGAGGACAAGAGUGACGAGAUGGACUGUCCCCCUAUUAAGGAGGAGAGGUUUCGUUUCGGCAACGGCUAUGACCAGGUAGAAGAUGUCAUCGGUGUGGCUCAGCCUGUGCGCUUCAACAAGAAAUGCCCCAGUGGGUGGCACCACUACGAGAAGACGGCCAGCUGUUACAAAGUGUACCUGAGGAACGAGAACUACUGGCAGGCCGUGGAUACUUGUCAGAAAGUCAACGGAUCAUUGGCUACCUUUGUUACCAACGAGGAGCUGCAGUUCAUACUGAAGAUUGAGGUGGAUUUUGAUGAAAAAGUCUGUGAGCGCAGAGACCAGUGCAAGUUCUGGGUGGGUUACCAGUAUGUGAUCACCAAUCAGAACCACUCCCUAGAGGGCCGCUGGGAGGUGGCAUACAAAGGGUCGAUGCAGGUCUUUCUACCACCUGAGGGUCUGACCAAUUUUGGGGAGGCGUCUCCCACCCAGGACAACGUCUUCUGUGCCCAGCUGCAGCGUUUUCAGAUCAAAAGCAUGAAUGAGCGAGGCCUGCACAGCUGGCACGCUGAGAACUGCUACAAGAAGUUCCCCUUCCUCUGCAAGAGGAGGCAAACGUGUGUAGAUAUAAAAGACAACGUCGUGAACGAGGGCUACUACUUCACUCCUAAGGGGGAUGACCCAUGUCUGAGCUGCACGUGUCAUGACGGCGAGCCUGAGAUGUGCGUGGCUGCGCUGUGUGAACGUCCACAGGGCUGCCAGCACUUCCGCAAGGAUCCCAAAGAGUGCUGCAAGUUCACCUGCCUUGACCCAGAUGGAAACAGCCUGUUCGACUCGAUGGCCAGUGGAAUGAGACUGAUCGUCAGCUGUAUCUCGUCCUUCCUCAUCCUCUCUCUGCUGCUCUUCAUGGUGCACAGACUCCGUCAGCGGAGACGUGAACGCAUCGAAACUCUGAUUGGAGGAAACUUGCACCACUUCAACCUUGGAAGACGAGUCCCAGGUUUUGACUAUGGUCCCGAUGCCUUUGGUACCGGCCUUACUCCACUACAUCUGUCCGAUGAUGGAGAGGGAGGCGCUUUCCAUUUCCAAGAGCCUCCUCCGCCGUACGCAGCCUACAAAUACCCCGACAUCCAGCAUCCAGACGACCCCCCUCCUCCGUACGAAGCCUCCAUCAACCCAGACAGCCUCCUCUAUGUGGACCUUGGACACAGUGGGGUUUCCAUGGUGCCAAGCCAAAUGAACGCCAUGGGAGACGGGCUGCAGGCAGAUAUUCCCCACGCCUCUGUUCCCGUGCCAGACUCUGCACCGUCCUCUCAGGAGAGGGAGGACUCCAUAGAUAGCAGCACCCUCCUGGUGGGGCCCGACACCCCUACAGAUGGCCACGCCCCUGCUUCAAUGCCCACAGACUGCACCUCCCUCAGCACCGUGGUAUAGGACUGUGGACGGACGGCAGGGAGCUGCAUCCGGACAUUACCUGCUGGUUGAAGGAAGGUCAUGAAGUGCGUUCUGCACCGAGGAGAGGAUGCAGCAGACCGUGGUGUUAUUUAUCAAAAUGCUGACUGCAGGGAGGAGAGUUAAAGUUUGUAAAGACAGAAGCGGUCUUUUCUUUGAGGCGCGAGGAUGCCCUCUUUCUGAAGACUCCUGCAGUUGGCCUUCUGAGUGUUGUUUUUUUAAAACACUGGCAUCUGUGGGAGCAGAGAGGAUCGUUUCUGUACAGAGGAAAAAAAAAAAACACUACAUUGAGGCUGCACUUUUACUUUAAGCUUCGACUGAGCAAAGCUUCUGAAACAUCUCAGAGUUGGCCUGAUUGUUCGAGGAGUCCUGAUGUAAAUACCCCCUCAGGUCUGUGCCGGUCAAAUUUGUUAUACUUGUGUGUCACAGUCCAGCACAAGACAGAGAAUGACAGACGGACAGUGAAGCCAGCCAAUGUUUCUUGCGCGUUUUUUGUUUGCAUCUUACUGUUGUUCAAGCGGACGUUACGUGUGUUGAUCUGUCGUUCCUUCAGGCUACAAUAAUGUUCUCAUCAGCUUUGUCUGUCGCGGCAUGUCCCAGGUCUCAAUUUCUACUCGCUCAUAAGAAUCUUCUGUCCCCUCAAUUUCUUAUUAGUCUGAUACAUGAAGCUGUCUUCCAGGUUUAUAGCGCAUAUUUGCAGCAACAUUUUUGUAAUUAAGAGGUUUAACUUUGCAAGAAAGUACGGUUAGUUUCCUGCUAUAGGGGUUUUUAUUAGGUAAUGCUGACACAAGGCAUUAUGUAUCAAGGAAUGUUGUGGUACUGAUGAUAUCGGAGUUUGUCAUUGUGUUUCUUUUUUGAUGAUAAUUUAUGACUGCAGGCUGUAAUCUUAAUUGUUUUAUUGUGGGAUAGACGCAGUCUGAACUCCCCACUGAUGAGUGAGCGGAAGCGAUGAAGCUUUUCAAGAGUACGUGUGAAGAUUAGGGAUGAUAUCCCGUCAUUAAAUUUGAAGAAAAAUGAAUUUAUAUAAGAUAACUGUUCCAAUCAUGAAGUGGUUUAAUCAUGCAGACGGUCCCAUUGUUGUUACUUUAUCUUCAACUUCUUCGCAGCUUAAUUGUGUAUUUUCUAACUGAACCAUGUUUAGUGAUUCAAAGCUCAGUGUUUUGCACGCUCAUCCCUAAAUUUAAUCAGGUUUUUUGUUGGGGGUUUUUUUGCAAGAAAAGUUGUUAACUGUCACAUUUGGAUGCUGCCCCUCCAUUCCCGAUGUGUUUGUGUGUGUGGUUCUUCACGCAGUACAUCUGUUAUCUCAGUCACUGAGGUUGUUUUUGGCUCAUGAUGAAGAUCACUGAUGAGCUGUAAGUCUUUUUUUUCUGUUUGGUGUUGAUGGGUCUGUUACCGUCCUUGUUUCUCAGUGGGAUCGCAGUAAAAAAAAAAAAAAAAAUUAAUAAAAAGAAACAUGUAAACUUGUAUAUCUGGAACGUGUUAGACCCCUUUUAUGACGACAAUCGUUCGAUUAACUCAAGGAUGAAUUUUACAAAGCCUGAGGAAGUUUAGAUCAGAGUCCACCCACAACCACCAGCAUUCAAACCGUUAUUUUGACGAGCCUCAAGAAAACCAGCUGUAAAUGUGUCUGAAUGACUCUGUGUAUCUCAUGUUUGAAUGUACUGUAUGUAUAAAACUUUAUUUUUUUGUGCUGAAGCUAAUUUCCCCAUUUUCCUUUUUCUUUUUUUUCUUUCUCUUUUUGGCAUUGACAAUCCACUGCGGAUUAUCCAACAAACAAAUUCUCAAAUUGUGGAAAAAAGUAGCGUCUGCAUGUGUGUGUAUAGGAGAUGGUGUUCUGGUUUGGAUUUUUUUUUUCUCUCCAUCAAGUUUGUUUUAUUUUUCAAACUUUUUUUUGGAGCUGCGGUGCAUGUUUUUAUCUUUUUGGCAUGCUAAGAGAUUUUUCUUUUGAUAGCUCAACAGUCUGUCCUGUACAGUAGGUUCAAAGACUCCUGCAUAUAGUUUAACAUCUGCAUCAAAAACCUGCCCAUGACCCCAACAGCUGCAUUUACACUGUAGUUUCUGUGCUAGACUAUGCUGGUGUGAGAACUAAUUUUACUGGGUUUGAAAUGUUUUUUGUAUAAUACGACAAAUGCUACAUUUCAUUGUCUUUUAUUUCUUAGCUUCAUUUGCAGGGGGGGGGCUUGUGUUUUUCUGAGGUAGAUGUACAUCUAAUCAAAUGCCAAAUAAAUUGCACCAUGAAGGACGA